AUGGCAGUGGUCAUGAUAAAGAGGUUCAAGUUCACAUCACAGUCAUUUAUGAUCAUCAUGGAGAUGGAGGUGCUCAAUGACUGUGACCUUGUGGAAGGUAAUUCAUUCUUGGGACCAUCAGAGCGCACUGGCACACUGCAUCCCAUCGUUUCACAUAUAUCGUUCCCCGACAUCCCAUUCAAACCAACUAAUCAAUGGUUGUUUGAUCAAUCAACAUCAAUCGAUCACAAGCUCCAAUACCUCUCAAUCAUACCCAAGUUGGGAUGUCUACCCGACAAACUUGUAACUCAUAAGCAGGAUAUAUUUAACACGAUUGUAUCAUCAUUGGUGACAGAUGACUUACUGUUAAGACAUGGCAACACAAUAUCAUAUAUGAUGGAACAGAUUGGAGAUGUGAUUGAUAAUCAAUCCAAUCAACAGCGAUUGAUUGAUGAGAUAUCUGAAAGACCAACCUCCGAUCAAGCAUUUGUUGUGUUCUCUCCUUUCAUUCGAUCAUUCCACUCACCAUAUCUCAUUGAUUGCUUCAAGCGACUAUUGAAUGUAAACAACAUGAAUGCCCUCAUCAAGUUGAUCGACAUUGACCUAUUCAUCCAUACUGACAACAUCCAUCCCAACCAAUACUCACCAACCCAUAGAUUGAGGACAGAGUAA